CGGCAAAGUCGGACAGGCCGGUGUUCAGCGCCCAACAGUUCAGUCGCGUGUUUCAGCAAGAGGCCAGAUAAGGACGCCGCGCGAACGGCCCCGAAGCCGCACGCAAGUGUACCUGCGUGCCAGUACGUCCACGCCGGGGUGGCCAAGUACGCUGCCCGUGCACGCGUGCGCGGCCACUCAAAUCGCCCGCCCAAAUUUCUGCUGCGCCAUCUGCAGAACUACGUGGCCAAAGGACGGGCGCGCUGAACCCAAAGCCUGGGCUGUGACGUGGACGGCACCGAGGAUGCUGUCGCCGUGUCCGACCUCACCGAGUCCGACCUCGUCCCAAGCCUGUGUCCGACGUUCAUCAGGAGGCGAAGCUUCAGCUGCCGACACUCAGCAUUGCAGCGCCAAGCUGGCGGUACCGGUAGCUAGGCCUACUAAUAGAAGCCGACGCUACUCUAGGCCGAACGGCGAGCUGAGACAGCCCUUGCUUCUGUUGACGUAAAUACUUGAUGACGGCCCCAUCACCACUGUUGUCGGAGCUGACGGAAACGGCCUUCAGAUCAGGCAGUCUGUCCUACCUCGCCAAUCGCUGCCUGAUUUGCAGAUGCGACCAGAUAAUGGCUGCGUUCCACGAAUCAAAUGCGAAAGAUUGUGAAUGCUGGCACCGGAUUGGCUGUGUUCGAGCAAGGAUCUGCUCUUCAUUUGCAGGAUGCGCUUCCUCGGGUCGACGACACCAAGCGUCCACUACCGCUUCGCAAAGGAGACCGCUGGCGGCGUCCAAGGCUACAUCGAGGUUGCUCGCGAUGCGCAAGGCGCCACGAUUCAUGCUCGCCUCGACGUCACCGAGCUUGAUGUCCAAGCGCUGCGGGCCUUUGACGCCAACUGCGAUGGCGCCAUCGAGGCUUUCAAGUGGCACAUCCAUACGCAAUGGCACCAGACGGCGACCUCCUCGUUCUUGGGCGGCUGCUCGUUGGCGAUCGCUGGCAACCACUACGACCCCGACUUUGCGUGCGGUCCCAACUCGGAGCACUUGAAGGACGCCCUGUGCGCUGGUGUCGCCUACAACUGCAGCGUUGCGAACCCACUUGGUUGUGAACGUGGCGACUUGUCCGGCAAGCUCGGCGACAUGCUGGUCAAGCAAGGGCGCAUUGAACACUCGUGGCGCGACCCGCACUACCCAGCGACACACGAAGAGCGGCCAGAGUGGAACAUGAUCCUACACGCCGUGUGCGCCAACAAGGCGACCCCACGCGUGGCCUGUGCGAUCGCCAUGGCAGAUACCAAGCGACCCGACUGGAGUGCGACGUUGGCGUCGUGGGCCACCGUCGGCGUGCUUCUGGCGCUGCUGCUCGUGCUGUAUCGCCAGCGCCAUCCGUUGCUGCUCAAGUACUACCCCACCAACGCAGUUGUGGCCGCGGCGGUUGCGAUCCUCGGGCUUCUCGUGUACCAGUACGUCCUCAUCAACACGGCGCUCUAAGAUCGUCGAUCGGACUACGAACAAAGGGACUAGUUCUUCUUCCUUGCUCUCAUCUAUGUACGCCAAGGCAACUCGAUUCUUCUUGUCGUC